AUGGUAGAAAGUUUGUUAAUCGUUAAAAAUGCAAGUUUUGAUAAUGAAGACAGUGCACAUCAGGAAACUAAUACUCCAUCAUUGAAUACAGAUGACGAUGAAUCAAUAUCAGUUGAUGGUUCUCAACAACCUUUAGAAAACGUAUCCAAAACAUCACAAUCUGAGUUUGUUACAGAAAAUAUACAACCAGAAAAAAUUAAAAAGAAAAAAAAACGUCCAACUGAACCAACGAACGGCAAUGAGUCCAAGAAACGAAGUAAUAGAAAACGUUCCUGGUAUACUAAAAUCGAUCUUGUAAAACCAAUAAUAUUUAUUACUAGUUUACUAUUAAUUUAUUUAAUUUGGGUGAACCGCGACGUUUUAAUAGUUCGAUUAUUAACGUCAAAUGCUCGUGUUCGUCAUACGGCAAUAAUGAUGGAGCAUAUUUUGCAUGAAGAAGUUAAUUUACCUCCAGGAUCAUCAAUUAAAGAAUCUUCAUCAAUAGCUUCUUCUGCUUCUGCGUCUGCUUCUGCGUCUGCUUCUUCUUCUUCGCUUUCUUCCCCUGAAGAUGAAAUUAUUGGUGGUAACAAUGAUCAUAUUAAUGAUAAUAAUAACGAUAAUAUAAAUCAUGACCAGUCAUCCUUAACAGACAAUGAUGAUGAUUCUCCAAAAGUAACUAGUAAACACAGUAGUUCACAAAAAGUCAAUCUACGAACUCGAAGAAAUAAAAUGAGUUUUAGCAAAGAACGUCCAAAGAAGAAGAAUCAUCGUUUACGACAUCUGACUAUCGAUGACGAUAGUGCCAAUGAUGAUGUAGGCGAUGAUGAUGACGAUGACGAUGACGAUGACGAUGUUUUAGAAGACAAUACUGAUAAAAUUGUGAUUAAUCCAAGUAAAAUCAAAGAACCUAUUUCACCAUCGACUAUUCAUUCUUCAAAAAAGUAUCAUCAUAAGCGUCAUCAAUCUGCUGCAUCUCACGAAGAAAAGAAAAAAGGACCAGCGAGUUCAAAGGCUAAUAGUGUUUUACCUGCAAAUGAAGAUGUCGUCGAGCAAUUACGAAAAGUUAUUAAAGCUCAAGGUGGACACCGAGACUUUACAAAAGCAUUAAGCAAAGCAACUGGCUUAAAAGAAGCAAUAAUAAAUCGAUUUAUUCAUGACAAAGAUUAUAGUGUGAUCACAUUGCAUACUUUUAUUGCUCUUUUGAACUCAUUUGAUUCAACACUUCUAAUUUUACCAAAAUAA